AUGAACUCGACAACUUGUGUUAUUGAGGCCAAUCCAGAUGUAUCUGGGACCGGUAUCCGGGCAUCUAUUUACGCCCUCUGUCUCGGCGGUACGCUCGUGAGCUACUUCCUCCGAGUCUUCUCUCCAGGAGAAGACGAAGAAGAGUUCUCCCGCGGUGUAUCCUCUGCGCUAGGAAUGCAAGGUCUAGCACUGCUCUGUACAGCAAUUUACCAGACCUUCCGUAACGAGUUGACCCUCUUCCACGCCAUCUGCGUGGUCCACCUGCUCGCUCUUCUGGGUCUGAAUCUCAUCAGCAAAGGUCGAUACGCUGGAUUUGGCCCCUGGCGCCUGUGGUUCUUUGCGUUAAUCCAGGUCAUCUCACUUGGAGCAUUCAUCGCUUUCAAUGUCUAUCUCUGGGUGACGGCGCCUCAUUUCGGUAGUCAGCCCGCUUGCAACCCGGACACGGUCUAUGUUGUAUUUGGGGUAAGCAUCCAUGCUACAUCUCCAGUUUUUCGAUAUAUUAUCCUCGGUACGUUGGGUGCUAGUGCUGCGGGCUUUAUUCUUGUCUUUACUUGCAUGUUGCCGUGUAUAUGCGGGGCGUGGAUUCGUCGACGACGAGAUUCGCAGGGGAACGGGGGCUUGGCUCGCAAACGAGGUUGUACAAAGUGGUUUAUCCAGACGUCAACGAGUGCCGAUCAUCAGAGCAACCAUCAACGGGAAGAGCUGGCAGGUCAAGUCCUGCUCAACUUCACUUUAAAUAGGGCGGCAUAUAUCGGGCUUUGCAUCUACUUGAUCGUGUCGCUGGAACAGACAAUUCAACGGAAUACCCUCGAUCCUCAGGAAAAGGGUUGGACCUUUGGGCAGGUCAUUGCGAUCUUCUUGUUGCUUGGUGUUGCGAAUGAGCUGCUGAAUGUUGUACUGGCGAGCUGGGACCGUCGCAUUGGCCAUGAAGCUGGGUCUCAAGAGCUGGCACAAGUCAGGCCUGCAUCAAGCAGCGCAGCCUCGAGGAAUUCGCUUUGUUAG